UGCUAUAAUGUCGUCCAACAAAAAAUUCUGCGAGACCACUAAGUGUCUCUUGCUUAUUCUUGUAACUGUGGCAGCUGUGAUCGCUAUCAUUUGUGUGAUAACAUUCUCAGACGAAAAUUUGCGCGAGAAAAGGUACGAGAAGGCGGAUCUAAAGUGGUGGCAGACUAGCAUCGUGUACCAGAUUUAUCCUCGGUCGUUCCAGGAUUCUGAUGGAGACGGGACAGGGGAUCUUAGAGGAAUCAAGGAGCGCUUGGGCUACGUGUCGGGUCUAGGGGUCGGGGCUGUGUGGCUAAGUCCCAUCUUCAGGUCACCCAUGCGUGAUUUUGGAUACGAUGUUCAGAACUAUACAGAAGUGGAUCCUAUUUUCGGAAACAUGGCGGAUUUUGAUGACCUGAUGAAGGAAGCAAAGGCAAAAAAUUUGCGUGUAAUACUGGAUUUUGUCCCUAACCACACCAGUAACGAUAGUAAGUGGUUUUACCUCAGUGAGCGGGGCGAUGCCAAGUACAAGGACUAUUACGUGUGGAAUGACGGCUUAAACUGUUCCUCAGGAUGUGAAGCCACAGGGGGCAAACGACCCCCAAAUAACUGGUUGAGUGUAUUUGGUGGAUCCGCCUGGAAGUGGAGUGGAAUAAGACAAAAGUUUUACUACCACGCCUUCUUAGAUUCCCAGCCUGACCUCAAUCUGAGAAAUGAAGAAGUGAAGGAGGAACUAAAGAAUGUGAUGAGGUUCUGGUUACAGAAAGGGGUGGAUGGAUUCCGAGCAGACGCCUUAAAGUUUAUGUUUGAAUCCAAGAAUGUGACGCAGAACGAAACAGGGUUGAGUGACCCAUUUGCUUGGAAUGAAGAGGACAAUCACAAUCUAACAACAAACUUUGAGGAUAUUUAUGGAAUUCUGAAAGCUUGGCGAAAAGUAUUAGAGGAAUACGGCAGUGACAAAUUUCUGAUAGCUGAGUCUUACGGUAUUAGCCAUGAUGUCAGAAACAAGUACUACGAAUCUGGUUCCAUUCCAUUUAACUUUGCCCUGAUUCAAUAUCUUAAUGCAAGCUGUGAUGCACAGUGCAUGAAAUCUGUAAUCAAGGAAUCAAUGGCGGACCUGAAACCUAGCUACUGGCCCAACUAUGUGAUUGGGAAUCAUGACAACCACAGAGUGGCCAAUAAGUUCGGUCCAGAGACGAUAGACGCGUUUAACAUGUUACUGCUGACCCUGCCUGGGACCCCCACGUCCUACUACGGGGAGGAAAUAGGAAUGAGGGACACCUUUUACACGUACAGUGAAACCAAGGACCCUGCUGGUCUCAACUUCAAUGAGACUUUAUACCUGGAACACACACGAGAUCCAGAGCGUUCCCCGAUGCAGUGGAAUGACACUUUCAAUGCUGGGUUUUCAAAUGGAACCCCCUGGUUACAUGUCAACAGUAACUACAAAGUCAUAAAUGUUAAGAAUCAGGAAUCAGCUAAAUAUUCUCACCUCAAGGUUUACAAACAACUGGCUGAGCUACGUCAGAAGUCGUCUUUUACGUACAGUAAUCUGACUUUUGUGGACGUGGAUGACGUCGACGAAAAUCCGAAGAAAAUUCUGUCCUACAUCAGGACCCAGCCAGGACAAGACAGGUACCUGGUGGUCCUGAACUUCGGACAUCUGUACGCUAAUGAUGUGGACCUUAGUAAGAGUGCUGGCAGUAAAAGAGGAGAGGUUGUCGUUAACGCCAUGUCUAAUUACCAAGUUAACACGGAAGUGGACCUUACACGUAUAACGUUAUCGCGGGGCCAGGGGCUGGUCAUUAAAGUGAAGUAG